AUGAGCUGAUCAAUGAUGGCUUUCGGGCAGAGUUCAUUGCUGAAUGAUCUGACGUAAGAGCACAUCUCAUCGAUCCUCCAGCCGGAUUGGAGAAAACGUGCAUUGAGCUUCUGAGUUUUAAACUCGUGCCUUGCUCCCUACUCCAGCUCAUGCCUUCAAGGGAAAUGGCGCCAAACAGUGAGAUUCAUCCAGAGUCGAUCCGUGUGGAGGAUAAGGUCUACUCGGCCAAGAAGCUGGCCGAUCUUCAUCCUGGUGGUCCUCUUUUUAUCAAGGCGUUUUCUGGGCGGGACGCCUCUCAAGCGUUUCUAACGUAUCACCGACGGCAGUUUCCUCAUCAAAGAGUCAAGGAAGCUUUUGAAAGCACAGAUGAGACCGUGACCUACUCAACGGAUGAUCACGCUGAUUUUAUUGACCUCUGCGAAAGGAUUGAAAAGGUUCUGCCCAGGAACAAGUCGUUUGCGCCAUGGCAUUACUACGUCAAGGUGGCCUUUAUCAUGGGCUCCGUGUUCAGCCUUGAGGCUUACAUGCACUAUACCAAGAGUUAUAACUGGCAACUGUUUGCCGUCAUGGGCUGGUUUUAUGCAUUAAUUGGGUUAAAUAUCCAGCACGAUGCUAAUCACGGAGCCAUCUCGAGAAACCCGGUGAUUAAUCGCGUAUUGGGCGCUUCUCAGAAUUGGAUUGGAGGCUCAGCCAUUGCUUGGAUCCAUCAGCAUGUGGUCCAACAUCACAUCCAUACCAACGACGUUCAUCUGGACCCGGACAUUGCCGGCUCCAUUUACAUCCGUUUGAACCCGUUAAAACCCCUGUUGAAAUACCACGUGGUCCAGCACAUCUACUUCUUUUUCCUCCUGGCGCUUUACGGAUUCUCUAUUGUGAUCCAGUCCUUGGAGAACGUUGUGAGUGGAGCCCAUCACACUCCCAUGUCGCCAUUGCUGAAACCUCACCGCGUCUUUGAGACCUUCAUGUGGAGCUUGUUCUUCUUGCGAUGGGUCAUAACCCCUGUGUAUCAAACUGGGACCUUUUUGACCUUGCUUCACUCUUUGCCUAUGUACAUGGUGGGGGGCUAUUAUCUCGCAUUCUUCUUUUCCAUCAGCCACAACUUCAAGGGAGUCCACAUCCUGGAGGACACCACGAGACCCAGCAAUAAGGAAUCAUCUUUUCUUUACAAACAGGUUGUCUCCAGUUCAAAUGUGGGUGGACCGUUCUUGUGCUUCAUGAAUGGAGGCUUGAACUACCAAAUCGAGCACCACCUCUUCCCGAGGAUCAGUCACACCCAUUACCCCAAGAUCGCGCCCACAGUGAAGGCCUUUUGUCUGGAGAAGAAUAUCCCCUAUGUCCAUUUCCCCACCAUUGGGGAAAACAUCCGAUCUUGUACCCAACAUCUGUGGGAUAUGGGCUCGAAUGAGACGCCCAAGAACGCCACAAUUCAGGCAGCCAAGACCCUGCUCGUAAAUUAGGGCUCGGAAAACUCCAGGGCUUUGAGCCUUGAAAUGCACGUUUACUUUCUAAUCACUAUUGAUGUGCUUUGUUUCCCGAAAUAAAUAGUUAUUAUUUGAAAUUUUGAA